AUAACAUUCAUCGACCAAAUUUCCAACACCAUCAUCAUCAUCGACCCUGAUUUAAUGUAUUCCUUUGUAGCGCAAUCUCUGCUGUUAUAAAUUUGGUGCUCUGCCCCCUUAUGAAAAUCACAAACUCACGUACACACAAUUCUUCAUUUUUUCUCUCUUGACAUCUAAAUCUUCACCUCCAACCAUGGCGAUGCCGAGCACUUUCUUGUUAUUCGCCGUAACCCUAAUCCUGAGUGUAGACCUCCUCAGUGCCGUGGUGUACCCUGACCCUGAAGUGGCCGCUUUGUCCGCGCUGAAGAAUAGCUUAUCUGAUCCAAACAAGGCCCUCCAGUCGUGGGAUACAGAGCUUGUCAACCCUUGCACUUGGUUCCACAUUACCUGCAACGAUCAGAGCUACGUUACUCGAGUCGACCUAGGUUUGCAAAACCUCUCUGGCAAACUGGUACCUGAACUUGGAAACCUAACUCAACUUCGAUAUCUAGUACUCUUCAAGAACAACAUUGAAGGAAGUAUUCCAGCGGAGCUCGGUAAGCUGACGAACCUCGAUGCCAUGCACUUGUCUGAUAACAACCUCUCGGGGACCUUACCUUCUUCAUUGGAGAACUUGAAAUUACUUAAGAUUCUAAAUCUCAGUAAUAACAAGUUUUUAUCUGGGGCAGUCCCCCCGGGUCUUAUUCAUGUUCCGCGCCUCGACAUCUCGAACACAAGUUUAACAAUACCCCCUACCGGAAGGCCAUUUGUUUAAUUGACUUGAGGGUUGUGCGUUGAGGAAUUUGAUGAAGGAUGGACUCUAUGGUCUUAAAGAUGUUUAAAUAAAUAAAUCACAUGUACUAGAUUGAAAUAUGCAUGCUUGGAAAAUAAGAGCUGCUCUAAUAAAGUUUUAUGUGUAGGAGUGAGUAAACUACUUUAUUCUGUAUACAACUUCAUUGCAUUCUAUUAGACCUGUAAAUGGACCGGAUUUGGAUCGGAUCGACUUAAAUCUAAAUCCGUUUACUUACAAAAAAUUUCGAUCCAAACCCGCUCUGUUAACCCGGCGGAUCAUUGAUAGCUCGAUCCAAAUCCGUAUCCGCCAGAUUAACAGAUACCCGAUCCACUAAUCCGACCCGUUUAUAAUUUCAAAUAUUUUAAAAUUUUAAAAAAUAAUAUUAAAUUUAUAUCAUGAUAACAACAUGAAAAGUAUCACUAAAAGUAG